AUGACACCCCCGGGUGCUCUUCCAGCUUCUCAGCAGAAGUCUAACCGGGUCGGUGGCUGGCUGCCCCAGAAUCCGAAGCUUCUUAUCAGCUGGUUGCGAGACCUAGUCGCUGAAGUGAACAAACACAAGCGCGAUGCUUCCAUAAGCUCACUGUUCUUGAGCAUGUUUGACGAAGUGCCAGACAGGGCUCCCUACUAUGAGGACCCUAUUGGGAACAAACAGAUCAAAUCAUACCACGAAAUGCUCGAAAUGUUCGACUUUGUCAUGAACAACAAGGCUCCCUCUUGGAAAAAGCUCGAAUACGAUGCUGGCUUAAUCGGAUUCCCAUUCAACGCCAUCUUGGAUUGGCCCAUGGCCACAGCCAGUGGCUAUGCUUUCUUCCUCAAGCCCGAGGUCAAUUCAAAGCUCAAACACAUCCUCAAUACCUGGAAAUCCGAAGUUCUCAUGACUUCGAAAUCCCAACAUGUCAUCACGACCAAUGAAGAUGGCUGGCUCAGCCAAGAUUCUCUGAUGAGCAUCGAAAACGACACCAAUCUCAAUGGCCAGGAGUUGACAUUCCAGCAAAUCUUCCAGUGUGAUCCACAAGGAGAUCCCAAACACUGGGGCUUCAAAUCGUGGGAUGACUUCUUCGUUCGCAAGUUCAAGAAUAUUGAUCAAAUUCGCCCAGUCGCUUUCCCGGAGCAGCCAGCGUGGAUAGCAAAUUCAUGCGAGUCCAAGCCUUUUGCCUUGCAGUCAAAUGCCCAAGAGUACGACUCAUUCUGGCUCAAAGGUCAAGCAUACUCAGUCAGCGAGAUGCUUCAUGGACACAAAUUCGCCGAGCAGUUUGUCGGCGGCACCGUGUAUCAGGCCUUUCUGAGCGCCACAUCCUACCACAGGUGGAGCUCGCCCGUGUCUGGCAAAGUCAUCCAUACCGAAGUUGUUGAUGGUACUUAUUUCUCAGAGCCUACCACCAAAGGCUUCACAUCUUCCAAGGGCCCUGACCCAGCUUCCCCAAACCGCGUCCAGAGCUACAUCAGUCACAUUGCCACGCGAGCCAUCUUCUUCAUCGAGGCUCCGAAGCCAAUUGGCCUCAUGGCAGCCAUGUAUAUCGGCAUGGCUGAUGUUUCGUCUUGCGAGAUCUUGCAGAAAUUCGACGCCAAAUCCCUGCCUGCCAGUGUCGAGAAGGGAGAGGAAAUCGGGUUGUUCCACCACGGCGGCUCUACCCACUGCCUCCUUUUCCGACAAGGAGUGAACCUCGCUUUUGUGACUGGGGCCAUUCCGGGAAACAGAGAGAAGAAUUUGCCAAUUCGAGGUCCGCUAGCAGUUGCAUAUUAA